GCCGCGCGCCGCCGGGCCCGGGGCCGCCAUGGCCGCCAUGGGGGAGCCGGCGCGGCCGCGGACGCUGUUCCUGGCCGGGCUGGCCGCGGUCUACAUCGCCGCCUUCGGCUCCCUCUACGUGCAGAUCCCCGGCCUGUACGGGAGAGAGGGCAUCCUGCCGGCCCGCAGGGUGCUGCGGCUCAGCGGGAAGGGGCUGUGGGAGCAGCUGCGAGAUUUGCCCACCUUGCUGUGGCUCGGUCCCCGCCUGGGGCUGGACACGGAGCAGGGCAUGGAGCUGCUGUGCGUGCUGGGAGUGCUGGCCGCCUUCGGAGCGCUGCUCUGCGAUUCCCUGCGGGAUUGCCUGGUCUUUGCCCUGCUCAGGGUGUUGUACUUGUCGUUGUACCAGGUGGGACAGGUCUUCCUCUACUUCCAGUGGGACAGCCUGCUGCUGGAGGCCGGGUUCCUGGCCGUGCUGGUGGCCCCCCUGCGCCUGCUGAGGUGGGGGUCCCCGGCCUGGAGACCCCACGACGCCGUCACCUUCUGGGGCGUGCGCUGGCUCCUCUUCCGCCUCAUGUUCGCCUCGGGCGUGGUGAAGCUCACGAGCCGCUGCCCCACCUGGUGGGGGCUCACAGCGCUGACCUACCACUACGAGAGCCAGUGCAUCCCCACGCCGGGCGCGUGGCUCGCCCACCAGCUGCCCGUGUGGUUGCAGAAGCUCAGCGUGGUGGCCACCUACGUCAUCGAGGUGGCCGUGCCCCCGCUCUUCUUCGCGCCCCUGCGCCGCCUGCGCCUCUUCGCCUUCUACUGCCAGGUCCUGCUGCAGGUCCUCAUCAUCCUCACGGGCAACUACAACUUCUUCAACGCGCUGACCAUCGUGCUGGCCUUCUCCCUGCUGGACGAGGAGCACGUGGGGCGCUGGCUGGGCCAGCCCCGCAAGAGGCACGGCAGUGCGUGGCCCCCCAGCCUGGGCUCGGUGCUGGCCACGCUCCUGGAGCUCAGCACCUACGGCCUCCUGCUCUACUGGACCGUCCACUACUUCGGCCUGGAGGUCAACUGGGAUAAGAAACUGCUGGACUCCAAAGUGGCCUUCACCUACCACGAGUUCACGACGUGGCUGCGCACGGUGACGCUGCCGCUGGUGGGGGUGGCCUUCCUGUCCCUGUCCUGGGAGAUCCUCGUGGCCAUGUACCGCUGUGCCUGCGUCCGUGGAUGCUUCUGGAAGCUCUGGGCCACCCUGCAGUGGGCCAUCAUGGCCACGGCCACCGUCAGCCUGUUCGCCGUCAGCCUGGUGCCCUUCACCUACAUCGACCACGAGUCCAACGGGAAGCUGUGGCCCGGGAUCCACCAGAUGUUCGGGGCCGUGGAGCGCUUCCAGGUGGUCAAUUCCUACGGGCUCUUCCGCAGGAUGACCGGGGUUGGCGGGCGGCCGGAGGUCAUCCUGGAGGGCAGCUACGAUGGGCACAGCUGGACGGAGAUCGAGUUCAUGUACAAGCCCGGGAACGUGAGCGCGGCCCCGGCCGUGGUGGCCCCGCACCAGCCCCGCCUGGACUGGCAGCUCUGGUUCGCCGCCCUGGGGCCCCACCAGAGCAGCCCCUGGUUCAGCGCCCUGGUGCUGCGCCUGCUGCAGGGCCAGCCCGACGUGAUCCGGCUGGUGCAGACGGACGAGUCGCGGUACCCGUUCCACGGCCGCCCCCCGGCCUUCCUGCGGGCCCAGCUCUACAAGUACUGGUUCACAGCCCCCAGCGAGGGCAGCAGCCCGGGCCCGGCGCCGUGGUGGCGGCGGCAGCGCGUGCAGGAGUUCUUCCCCCGCGUGUCCCUGGGAGACCCCACGCUGGAGUCCCUGCUCAGCCAGCACGGCCUCAAGGACAAGCCCCCGCUGCGGCGCCGAGGCGACGCCGUCCUGCCGCGCCUGCUGGGCUCGCUGCGCCGCCUGUGCCAGCCCUUCUCGGGCCCGGCCGUGCUCUGGUCCCUCUACCUGGUGGCCGCCACCGCGGGGCUGCUGCGGGCGCUGGCCCGGGGCUCCCGGGGGGGGCCGCCCCCCGCCCGCCACAAAGGGCCCCGCGAGCGGGGCGAGCGCAACGGGGUGCGGGGCUCGGACGGGGCACGGGGCGAGCGCAACGGGGUGCGGGGCUCGGAGGGGGCACGGGGCGAGCGCAACGGGGUGCGGGGCUCGGAGGGGACACGGGGCGAGCGCAACGGGACGCGGGGCUCGGACGGGGCACGGGGCUCGGAGGGGACGCGGGGCUCGGACGGGGCACGGGGCUCGGAGGGGACGCGGGGCUCGGACGGGGCACGGGGCACGGACGGGGCACGGCCCGAGGGCCGGCACGGCAACAAGAGGAAGAAGUAG